AUGUCGGACGAAGCCGAGGCUGCAUUGCCAUACCAUGAGCCGUCUAUUACUACCAUACUAAUCUACACGUCAUUCCUCCUUGUCCUCAAUGUCAUCGACUGGGCGAUAGACGGUGUCCUUCAUUGUGGUCUUGUUGGGCAGAUCCUUGUCGGUGUAGCUUGGGGCACACCAGGCGGCAAGCUUCUUCCUCGAGCGGCAGAAGAAACUAUCGUACAGUUGGGAUAUCUGGGGUUGAUCCUCAUCGUAUACGAAGGUGGUCUUCUUACCUCUUUUAAAUCAUUAAAAGCCAAUGCCACAAUCUCUCUUGGGGUGGCAUUGACUGGCGUUGUGGCGCCCAUUGCACUAUCUUUUGUCCUAGGGUCAUUGACCAAUGCCUCGACCUUGCAAUGUUUUGCCGCCGGUGCGGCGCUUUGCUCCACCAGCCUCGGUACGACUUUUACCGUCCUGCGCUCAAGCAAACUAACGGCUACACGGCUGGGCGUGGUGCUAACUAGCGCGGCAAUGCUGGAUGAUGUGCUCGGGUUGGUCAUGGUACAGGUUGUCUCCAACCUCGGCUCUUCGGGAGUAUCAGUGUCGGCUGUCACAGUCCUGCGGCCUAUCUUAGUAUCUAUCGUCUUAGCCGCUACCGCAGUACUCGCCUGUCGUUUCAUAGUCUCGCCGGCGACUAUCGCUCUGAACAACUGGCGCACCGCUCAUCCUGACCAAAAGCUAGCCUGCAUCCUUCAGCAUCGACGGACACCCCUACUUCUUCACACGGCCCUGCUACUUGCGCUGGUUGCCGGCGCGAGUUACGCGGGGACAUCGAACCUAUUUGCUGCUUAUAUCGCUGGCGCUGUGAUCAGCUGGUGGGACUCGGAGCUCACCCACCUUGGUGAGAGUCGAGAAGAGCAACCUGAUAACCAGGAAGGCAGAAGCUCAGGCUCACAGCAUAUAUCUCCUCAUUUGGGCUGCGACAUCUUCAACCAAUUUUACAGCCCACCUUUAAGAUGGAUACUACAACCAUUGUUCUUUGCGUCAAUUGGCUUCUCUAUUCCUGUUGCCCGAAUGUUUUCGGGUAUGACUCUAUGGAAAGCCGUUGUCUACGCCAUUCUGAUGGCUAUUGGAAAAAUCCUUUGUGGUGCCUGGCUGAUACGAUUUCCCGGCACCUCUUUCUCUUUCAUCAAGCGGGCGUCAAGGACAAAAAGCAAGCCCAAAACCACUCAGAAUUCGUCAAAACGGGCUGAAGAGUCUGCUCUUGGGGGCCAGGAACCAGUGUUACAAGACGGAACCGCGGCAGCCACACUUCCAGAGGAUACCGUUACCUCUAAAUCAAAGCGGGAACAGCCCAUAGAGUCGAUAUCUAAUACGAAACCGAGGCCAGCAAAGCCGAUCUCACUUUAUCCCGCCCUCAUCAUUGGUUGUGCCAUGGUAGCACGGGGAGAAAUCGGCUUCUUGAUCUCUGCCGUGGCACAGGGCGCUGGCAUCUUCGAUGACGGCAAACGGACCGGUAACUCGGAAGUGUUCCUGGUCACAACAUGGGCGAUCGUGCUCUGCACUAUUCUUGGACCACUGUGUUUGGGGUUUUUAGUGCGUCGGUUACGAAAGCUCGAACACGAGGCUAUGGGUUCGACUGAUCAGGGCAGAGGUGCUUGGAGGGAUGCAGUUCUCGGCGUGUGGGGCGUACGUUGA